AUGAGCCAGCCGGAUAAUCUUGACAAGCUGGUGGUAGAUGGAAAAGUAGAAGAAAAAGGAUACCCAGUCGAUGGUCUGAUUAGAUCAACACUACCAGGACUCCUAUUAACUGCCGAGCUCAGAACAGCCCAAGACCGGACAGUGAUGAUGAUGGCUAUGGUAAGACACUUCAGAAUGGACACCAUCUUCAGCAAUGAAGCAUACGACCGGGAAGACAUUUUGAACCAAUUUAAAAAAUAA